CUCUGCUCCUGAGAAACCGAUGCUACUACAACCACCAUAUGGCCCAGUGUGCAGCACAUAGGUAGAGAGAAAGACUCAGUCCCCUUGGACAGGACAGCUCUCAGGUUUAGACCGAUGUGCUUUGAACCUAGAGGUUUGGGGAACCACCAUUUUUGUCCCACCAGUGUCUUGUCGUUUCUGCUUUACAAAGCAAGGAAAGAGGUGUUGUAAAAGCGAGCCGUGAGCACUACAGGGAUAAGCAGAGCAUCAGUGGAGAGAGAUGGCGGAGUGCGCGCGGAAGGCGCUGUCUCUCCUGGAAGCGGCCCGCUCCCGUUACGAGAGCCUGCAGAUAUCUGACGACGUUUUUGGCGAGUCCGGGGACGACAGCAGCGACAACCUCUUCUACAGCACAUCGGGCGAAUCGGACUCAGACCACUACAUCGCGGAGGCAGGAGAGGAGGAGCAGAACCAGCAGAACCAGCCGCACCAGCAUCCGCAGAGACGGGCUGAGAAAGAGAGUGGACACAGCGGUCCCCCAGGCUCACUGUCCCACAGUCAGGCUGAGGAGGAGGGCUGGACCGAAACGUUGCAGGAUGUGACCGUGCCGCCGUACAAAGACACAUAUGGCCCUGCUCAGAAAAUGCCAGACAGUGCUUCUGCUUUGGACUUCUUCCAGCUUUUUGUACCAGACAACUGCAUUCAGAACAUGGUCACCCAGACAAAUAUGUACGCCAAGAAGUUCCAGGAGCGGUUUGGCUCAGACGAGGGCUGGUGUCCCGUAACUGCCCAAGAGAUGAAGGCAUUUCUGGGCUUUGUCAUCUCCACCAGUGUGCACAGGUGCGAGUCCGUGCUGAGCAUCUGGAGCUCGGGCUUCUUCAGCAAUCGCAGCAUUGCACUAAAGAUGAGCCAGUCACGCUUUGAGAAAAUCCUAAAAUAUUUUCACAUCGUGGCUUUCCGCCCAUCUCAGGGGAGUAACCAGGGACUGUACAAGAUUCAGCCCUUCUUGGACUCACUGCAGCAGUCAUUCAGCUGCACCUUCAGGCCCUCACAGACACAGGUUCUCCAUGAGCCUUUGAUAGACGAGGACCCAGUAUUCAUCACCACCUGCACAGAGCGUGAGCUGAGGAAGAGGAAGAAGAGGAAGUUCAGCCUAUGGGUUAGACAGUGCACCUCCACGGGCUUCAUUUGUCAGAUCUCUGUGCACUUGAAGGAGGGACAGGGCAUAGACGCUUUGUCUGCUCUGAAAAACAAGCCUCAGCUCCACAGCCUGGUGGCCAAGCAGCUCUGCCAAAACAUCUCUGGGAAGAACACCAUCAUCUUCACUGGACCUUCUAUCACCAACCUCAGCCUCUUCACUGAAUUCAGCAAACAAGAUAUCUUUUGCUGUGGCCUUCUGAGCACCAGAAAGAGCGAUUGCACAGGCCUCCCCCAGAGCAUGCUGGUGUGCACCUCUACCAGUGCCCAGCGCGGACAGUCCCGGGUCAUGAUGAAAGGCGGCAUGUCUCUGAUCAGCUGGUACAACAAAGGACACUUCAGAUUCCUCACCAACGCCUACUCACCCACUAAACAAGGAAUGAUCAUCAAGAGGAAAAGUGGGGAAAUCCCGUGUCCGCUCGCCGUUGAGGCAUUUGCGGCUCACCUCAGCUACAUCUGCAAAUAUGAUGACAAGUACAGCAAAUACUUUAUCUUCCAUAAGCCUAAUAAAACAUGGCAGCAGGUGUUCUGGCUCAGCAUCAGCAUCGCCAUCAAUAACGCGUACAUCCUGUACAAGAUGUCCGACGCCUACUCCGCCAAACGCUACAGUCGAGCGCAGUUUGGAGAGAGACUGGUCCGAGAGCUGCUGGAUUUAGACGACUGCUCCCCCACACAGUGAAUCAAAUAAAACAACAGACAUUUUUGCUCUUAUAUAUUCUCAAAAUUCACAAGCAAAAACACAAUUUUCUGUAGAGGGAUUAUCACAGCGGGAUUGGCAGUGACUGAAUGUAAGUCAUUCAGCAUUGUAAGCAUUUGGCUGAUUUUAGUUGUAAAAAUGUAAAAGUGUUAAAAAUAUAGCAAAAUACCAUUACUACUUAUUGCAUAAAUUGUGACUUCUGACAAAUAAAUAAGUAGCUACAUUUUCUUCCUGUUCAGUUAUUGCAUAACAAGUUCUAACAUAAAACAUUAUUGCCAAGGACCAAAUUUUGACUUUGUUGGUGAGCCAAAUAAUGUGAGAUUGUAGAACUAGUGAACAUAGUCCUUCUUUAUGCCAGACCAGACUCACUCUGCUGUCUGUAGCUUCAGUGAGGGCCUUGAGGUUUGCUUUGCCUAACAUUUAGCUGUAUACACUGUAUUCUAUGUCUAUGGAAGGUGUGCUGUGUGAUUGCAUGGUCAUUGUGUGGUUUGAUAUGGCAGGACCCAUGCACUUUCUCUUUGUCUUGCACUUUGUGGAGAUAUUUUGGUUUCACUAGGUAUAGAAAUUAUUGAAAUGAGAUUUGAAUUACAUUUGAUGAAAAUACAAAGUUUUUGUGGGAAUAUAAGUGUCAUUGGUUGGACAUUUACUUCUGACUGAAGAUUGUGAUUUGAACAUGUUUACACUUAUCCAAAGCAGAGUUCUGUUUGUGUGAAGUAGGCUGUUGAAUGUGUGUGUCCCUUUAUAGCACUGUUUGUCCCACUGUCUGUUCUGUCUUUGUCCAUUUGACAUAUGUCACCUAACCUUUUGACUUUGUCAUUUUCUACACUGUAGUAUAACAAUCAAUGUUUUAUAUAUAUAUAUAUACAUACAAAAAUCCACCAUUAUAUGAAAAAAUAGUCACAUCUGCACAUAAGAUAUAAUAUAUAAAAUAAUUUUACAAUGAAAACUGCUAACACAUUUGUGCAUUUUUAAAAUGAUAUAUAAUCAAACAGAAUAACCACUAGAUAUUCUCCAAAAGGUUCAAAGGUCCAAUAACAACCGACAAACAAUUCUAUUUUUGUUGUGCUUUUGGAAAAAUAAGAUGUAACUUAGACAGUGAGAGGCUUAUAAGCCAGACAUGAUCCAGUUUGAUGGAGUGUAAGACCCAUCGCUUUCAGAGAAAAUGGACUAUAGGUCUUAUGGACCAUGACAAGAGAAUAGUUUCACCACUUAGAGCAUUACUGCACUGAAGACCUUUCACUUCAACUGAUUUACUUGAGUAAAACCACAUGAUGAUGUAGUACUCAUAUCUUACACAUGAUGAAAUACUGGGAGUGAAGACACUUUUAUCCAUAAAAUGAGAGGAGGGAGAGUGAGACCUAGUUUGAGGAAUUAUGGCGCAUGUUACAUUAUAUUUUAAUAAUUUAAAGUGUGAUUUUCUGAAAUAAUAAUGUUGGCCACACUUUAUUUAACAGUACCUAUGUACAAUAUUAUACCAUGUAAUUACACAGUAGUAUGUGCUAGGCAUUAGUGUGGUCAGAUUACUUGUUAUAACAUAUUUUAAUGUAGUGUCUUUUUCUGUUCCAGCUAAGUUAAGUUAAGUGAUCUUUGAUUAUUGCUGCCAUUUUUACAAUGGCUGUAAUGAUUUAGAAAUUCAACCAAGUUUUGAGGCAAUGUGACUGAUUAAGUGUUUACAAAAGGCUAUACAAAACAAAACAAGUUAUAAUAAAGAAGUGAAAAAGAGAAUAUAUAUGACAUACUUAAAAGAGUUACCCAGACAUGACUUUGUGAAGCCCCUCCACUCUUGUGUGCUGUGAGAAUGUACUGGUGUGAUGUGCUGUUUGUCAUGUGUAUGCCACUGUGCCAUUUUUUCACAAAACACUGACUCAUUCAGUCACACUUAAAUACAAGACUGAUUUCAAAUGUAAUAAAUAACUACUGACAGACCUCAGGGUAUACCGGACCUUAUAGGUGCUAUAACAAUGGAAUAGGCCUAAAUAACAAUCAAAAUAUGGAGUAAAGGAAGAUUCCCAAGAACAUGAUUAAAUAAAGAAAUUACAUGAAAUAUCACAUGGUCUUAUUGUCUGCCCUAUGGAACAUUUUUGGUAUGCAAUGUCUCAACAAUGUGGUGCAUGUAAACAGAACAUUCAUUUGACUAAUCUGUGCAAUGUGCUGGACCAAACUUUGAAUCUGUGCAAAUUGGUUAUUGUGGUCCUCAGUUUGUUUUAUAUCUAGACAUGCUACAACAUCAUAAAUGAAAAGACAUAAAAGUUGAAAGAUUUAAUGUAUUGUAAAAACUUAAAGGAAAUUGUAAAUAAAAAAGUUUCUAUGUGCACUAAUAA